AUGUCUGUUCUUGUUAAGCUGGGUCUCUUCCUGACCAUGAUAACUUUUACUCUGUCUAAACCAGUCGAAAAAAGAGUUUGCUGGCGAACGACGAAAAAUAAAACUAUCGAACAAGUGACGAAUGAAAAUUUGUUCACGUUGCUGAAGGACACAAAUGUUAAAGAAUGCAAGAAGAAAUGCGCCUCACUUGGUCCUCCUGCCUGUCAGAACAUCGUCUUAUCGGGCAAAAAUUGCUACUACCAGAUUAACGGAAAUUUCGCUGUUACUUUCAAAGAAAGCGCUGCUGUUGAUGUCUAUACCGUGAAAGAUUGCAAGAUAAAAAAACCGGACGAAGAGGAAGUUAAACCAAAACAGCCUCCACCCAAGAUAGAGGAGAAAUCAGAAGCGAAAGAAUUGGGUGAACAUGUUGCCGAAAACUUGGAAUGUGUUGCUGAGGUGUUUGAAAAUGUGGCCAGAAAUUUCGAAAACGUUGGAAGCAACCUCAACAAUGCCGGCCAAGAAAUUGACUCUGUAGCUGAUAACUUCAAGGCAAUCAGUCGCGACAGAAAGGAGGCAGAAAAAUUGGCACAAUAA